AUGGCCUCCAGCGAGCGGGACGCCAUCUCCUGGUACCAGAGGAAGAUUGGAGCGUACGACCAGCAGAUAUGGGAAAAGUCCAUCAAGCAGACUCAGAUUAAGGGCUUCAAAAACAAACCAAAAAAGAUGGGUCACAUAAAGGCAGACCUGAUUGACGUGGACUUAAUCAGAGGCUCAACGUUUGCCAAAGCCAAGCCAGAGAUCCCGUGGACGUCCCUGACGCGCAGGGGGCUGGUGCGCGUGGUGUUCUUCCCGCUGUUCAGCAGCUGGUGGAUCCAGGUGACGUCCGCGAAGAUCUUCCUGUGGCUGCUGCUGCUCUAUCUCAUGCAAGUGCUCGCACUUGCGCUGUAUGUGAUGAUGCCCAUUGUGAACGUGAGCGAGGUCCUCGGGCCGCUGUGCCUUAUGCUGCUCCUGGGCACCGUGCACUGCCAGAUCGUGUCCACGCGGAUGGCGCGGCCGGCGGGGAGCGACGGGAGCCGGAGGCGCAGAAAAUUACGAAAAACUGUGAAUGGUGAAGGGAGCCGAGAAAAUGGAAAUACCUCCUCUGACAAAGCCAGAGGGGUCGAGACUGUGGAGCCCGGACCCCCCGCCGGCGGCUUUUGGGGGACUCUCUUCGGCAGCAGGACGAAGACGGUGAAACUGAUAUGUAACAAGGAGACGGAGACCAGCAGGGACCCCGGCUACCUGCACCCCAUCAUCAAGAAGCGGCCGGUGCGGAGGGAGGCCAGGACGUGGGCAGCGGCGGAGAGCGCCGGGCUCUCGGAGGGCGAGAAGGGCUGCAGGGGGGCCGGCCGGCGCGCGGGGAGCGCGGGGCGCCGGUCGGAGGAGCCGUCCAGCGAGGAGGACGCGGAGGCGCGGACGCAGAUGACGCUGCUGCGGCGCAGUGUGGAGGGCGCCUCCAGCGACAACGGCUGCGAGCGGGACCGGCGGGCGCUGCUGCCGCGGCGCCUGGGCUCGCAGGUGACCAAGACCACGGCCAAGUGGUGCCACUUCAUGCGGGACUCCGACAGCCUGGCCGAGUCCGAGUUCGAGUCCGCCGCCUUCAGCCAGGGCUCCCGGGCGGGCGGGAGCUGCGGCUCCCGCAGCCUCCACGCGUCGCGCAGGGACUCGGAGAGCACCCGCCACGACUCGGAGACGGAGGACAUGCUGUGGGACGACCUGCUGCACGGCCCCGAGUGCCGGUCCUCCGCCACCAGCGACAGCGAGGGCCCGGCGCCCGGCCCGCAGGCGGGGCCCCGGCGCGGCCCCCGGGAGGACGUGUUCCAGCAGAACCACCUGUUCUGGCUCCAGAACUCCAGCCCGGCCUCGGACCGCGUCAGCGCCAUCAUCUGGGAGGGGAACGAGUGCAAGAAGGCGGACAUGUCGGUGCUGGAGAUCAGCGGCAUCAUCAUGAGCCGGGUGAACGCGCACCCGCAGGGCCUGGCCUACCAGAUGCUGGGCACCGCGGUGACGGCCGGGCUGGCCCUCUGCCCCUUCCUGCACCGCCUGGGCCGCGCCAAGAGCCUGGGCCAGCUGGCGGCCGUGUCGGCCGAGGAGGUGCUGGCGCUGUUCUGCGGGGCGCCGCCCGUGCCCCCCGUCCUCGCGCUGGCCCUCAUCGGCUUCGUGGAGCGGCUGUGCCUCACCUGGAUGUUCUUCUUCAUGAUGUGCGUGGCCGAGCGCACCUACAAGCAGAGGUUCCUGUUCGCCAAGCUCUUCAGCCACAUCACGUCCGCCCGGAAAGCGCGCAAAUACGAGAUCCCUCACUUCCGGCUGAAGAAGGUGGAGAACAUCAAGAUCUGGCUGUCGCUGCGCUCCUUCCUGAAGAGGCGGGGCCCGCAGCGCUCCGUGGACGUGGUGGUGUCCUCCGUCUUCCUCCUCACGCUGUCCAUCGCCUUCAUUUGCUGUGCCCAGGUCCUCCAAGGACACAAGACGUUCCUGAGCGAGGCAUACAACUGGGAGUUCCUGAUCUGGGAGACGGCUCUGCUGCUGUUCCUGCUGCGCCUGGCCUCGCUGGGCUCCGAGACCAACAAGAAGUACAGCAACGUGUCAGUACUGCUCACCGAGCAGAUUAAUUUAUAUCUUAAGAUGGAAAAAAAGCCAACCAAGAAGGAACAGCUUACUCUAGUAAACAACGUGUUAAAGCUGUCCACCAAGCUGCUGAAGGAGCUGGACACGCCCUUUCGGCUCUACGGCCUGACCAUGAACCCCUUAAUCUUCAACAUCACCCGCGUCGUCAUCCUGUCCGCGGUCUCCGGCGUCAUAAGCGACCUCCUGGGAUUUAACAUACGACUGUGGAAAAUCAAAUCCUAA